AUGAUCGGGAUUAUUCCCCGGGAAUAUUACCUCGAAAAGAAAGAUGCAGAAGACAUUUGCAAUGAGAAACUCAGAAAGAGUGCUCUAGCAACCUAUAUGACAGAUACAGACAGGCAAGACAGCACAGAUACGGGUGCAGACACCACAGAUGAUGAUGAUGAUCGCCGUGAGACGCCCAAGAAAUCCACAGAUGAUGAUCAUCAUGAAGAUCCUGAGACACCCCAGCAUUCCAAGGAGACCAAAAAAUCCAGCACUAAGGAUAGGGUAGCAGUGCUUGAAAAGCGUUACCAAUCACUUAAAAGAAAACUAAACGCUUUGGAAGACAGGUUAUUGGAUAUGGAAGAAAAACCUCGAGAACAAAAUGAUGCUGAAUCCAACUUGAUAGAAAAGGUGAAACACCUUCAAUCUACCGAUGUUCAAGACGUAAUCGUAACGCUCUCACAACAAGUCUUCACAAAAGAGGAACUCAUAAAUCGUAGUGUAACAGGCAAGAAGUCCCAUCUCGGCCAAAAGCCCCCACUUAAAACUGAACUCUACAAUGAGUUGCAACGAGUUUGCAUGCUAAAGACGGGUUGCUCGAAGGAUGUUUUCAGGUCAAAGUUCAGAAAUCUGCAGAAGGUAUUAAGACGAAAAGCAAUGUAAGACAAUAAUUUAACAGUUGAGACAUUGACAGUUGAGACAUUGAACAUUUUAACAUUAAAAUUUAAG